CUGUCAUCGGUAAAAACGAGGCGAACACAAAACUGUUUCAUUUUGUGUCAAAAACUACGUACGUUUUCGUAUAACUGUAAAUAUUAGUAAAUAAUAAAUUAAUAAGCUUAUAAAUAAAUAUAUAAGUGGACGUAGUGUGGCGCGCAACAAAGUUAAAAAGGCUGUAAAAACGCAGACUUUUGAACAAAAAACAGCAACCCAGCGUACGUGUGUUUUCACAGGCAGCCAUUUUGGGCGAACUCAACGUCAGCAGAACGAGCUCCUAAAUUGUACAUAAUUAAACCUACAUACAUAGUUACGACAACUGCCGUUUUGUGUACCACGCCGGAAGCUUUUGCGCCAACAAAACCGAGCUUUUGUAGCAGACGUAAACAAACCCGAAUCCAAAACAAUGGCCGAUGAAGAUAUCACAUUGAACGAGGAUCAGCUCCUGGAAUCGCUGGAGGAGACGAACGGGGAGCAAGAGGCUGAGAUCGCCACAGAAAUCGCCACACUGACCGAGGAGGAGGCCAGCAUGCAAAUCGACCCGGAACUGGAGGCGAUAAAGGCUCGCGUCAAGGAGAUGGAGGAGGAGGCCGAGAAGAUAAAGCAGAUGCAGUCGGAGGUGGACAAACAAAUGGCCGGUGGGUCCACCACCGGUUUGGCCACAGUCCCGCUUUCUCUUGAGGAGAAGCAGGAAAUCGACACGCGGUCCGUCUAUGUGGGCAAUGUGGACUACGGCGCAUCGGCCGAGGAACUGGAGGCCCACUUCCACGGAUGCGGCACCAUCAACCGAGUAACCAUACUCUGCAACAAGGCUGACGGGCACCCCAAGGGAUUCGCGUACAUCGAGUUCGGAUCCAAGGAGUUCGUCGAGACGGCACUGGCCAUGAACGAAACCCUCUUCCGAGGGCGUCAAAUUAAGGUAAUGUCGAAGCGCACAAACCGCCCUGGACUCUCCACCACAAACCGCUUCGCACGCGGCAGCUUCCGUGGUCGAGGAGCUCGUGUCUCCCGGGCGUGCUGUCACUCCACCUUCCGAGGCGCCAGACGAGCAAUAAGGGGUUACCGUGGUCGCGCCAAUUACUACGCUCCUUACUGAUUAUUGUUUUAUUAAAAUCCCUAGUAAGAUUUUUUUACAAUAUAAUUUCAAAAAACAUUAUUUUAUUGCCAAACUUCUUUGCUAAAUAAAAAAGAGAAAACAAUCGCAACAGAAAACGCCAGAAAAAAUAUCGUUUCAAUAAAAAAUGCAUCCGCAGCAAGAAAACAGGCGAAAAAGAAGAGACCUCGAAAA